GCUUUAACAGUGACCUACAUUACCCAUGGUGCACCUCUGCUUAGCUUAAUAGUUGUUCAUGGCGUCUGUUCGAGGCUUACGGACAAGUCGCCUUCUGACUUAGAGAUAAGCGGCUGGGUUUGACGUCUGGCUAACUAAAGGGGACAGACGGCGAGUAGUCUUCGGUGACUCUGCGCGGCGGCUGUCAAACAGGAUCGCUUGUACCAUGGAGGUGGAGGCGAUCGGCGUGGAGGGGGAGGAGGAGGAGCGGCGCCUGGUUCGGCGGAGGUUCGAGGCUGCCGUGAAGGUGAUCAAGAGCCUGCCUCCGGAUGGUCCAUUCCAGCCAUCCAACGACAUGAUGCUGAAAUUCUACAGUUAUUACAAACAAGCCACUCUGGGACCCUGCAAUAUUCCCCGGCCUGGUUUCUGGGACGCAGUUGGCAAAGCUAAAUGGGACGCUUGGAAUUCUCUGGGAGACAUGGCGAAAGAAGAGGCCAUGCAGGCUUACGUAGAUGAAAUGAAGCUGAUCCUGGAGGGCAUGCCCAUGACCGACGAGGUGGAGGAGCUCUUGAAGGUCCUGGGACCGUUCUACGAGCUGGUGGAUGAGAGGAAGAAGAUCACACAGAUAUCGGACCUGAGCACCGCCCGCUUGACUCGGUUUGCCAGGCAACUCGAGGGGUUGGGGACCAUGUUGAAUUCUGCUCCGUCGGCUAGUGUCACGAAGAGCAUCAUAAGGAACAUGGAAAUGAACGGAACCCUGGAAACUCGGCCCACAAAGCUCCGGCCAAACCAAGAGCUGCUCAGCGAGGAGGAAGAUGAUGAUGAUGAUGAGGAGGAAGAUGAGGAAGACGGGGAGUCUGCAGCGUCACAACCAAAGAAGAAGAGUUCAACCCGGCGACACAAACUCCCCGCCCCGGACGGUAAGCUGGCCAACGGGGGCUCACAUCUGACCAACGGGAAUCAUUCCGAAGCCGCCCCGAACGCCGAAGACUCGGCGGAGACCCCAGCCAGUCAGCGUCCGCUCAACGGACUCCAUGCUGAUCCUAGAACCAACAACCUGACCAGUGACUCUGACAGCGAAGUCUACUGCGACUCUGUGGAUCAGUUCGGUCAAGACGAGAGCCCAGAGCAUCACCACUCUGUGGAUGAGCUGGACGAGGAGGAGCUGCAGGACGCUCCGCCACAGCCUGUCAGGUGUGGCGGGGAGGAGGGGCAGGGAGGCGGAAACGCGUCGCAGACGCCCAGGCUUCACGCCGACCGGGCAGGCGGCUCCGGCAGAAGACGACCGGGGUCCAGGUCUCCGGGACACAGCGCCGGACCUCCGAUGCCCACGCACAGUGGUCGGGAUGGGGCCGGGGGCCGCAGAGGAGGGGCGGGGACGCCCAGCGAGAGCCUGAACGAGCAGAUUGUGGCGGCGCUGGCCAGACUGCAGGAGGACAUGCAGAAUGUUCUGGAGCGGCUGCACACCCUGGAGGCUCUGACCGCCAGCCAGGCCAGAUCAGCUGCGCUGUCGCCCACAUUUCUGUCUCCUCAGGGGAAAAAGAGGAGUCCGAAACCCUCCUGGUGGCCUUUUGACAUUUCCCCGGCGGGCGUGGCCUUCGCCCUCCUUUGGCCGUUCGUGGUGCAGUGGCUCAUCCGUCUGUACCUGCAGAGGAAGAGAAGACGUAUCAACUGAUGCCGGCACGCACAGACCACGACGAGUCUCCGGACGGGCCGCCGCCCUCAUCCUUGCUUCGACUAACAGUCCAGUAAUUUGCUUUUGCACUCAGAGGAAAGUCUGCGCAGCGGCGAGAAGUGAGAGGAGCGCUCAGGAGCUGCGCUGCAGGCGGGGAACGUGAAUGCGACGUUUGCCAGCUCCUAGAACCGAAGCGGUUUGAGAGGAGAAGCUCCUCAGAUAAACUCUUCCACCCAGAAGAUGCUGCUAUAAUCAACACCGUAGGAUAAUUGUAAUGUAACGUUCAGCGUAAACGUCUUUCUAGCUUAUAAUUUAAUAUUUAUUGCUUUUAGGGAGGGGAUCAAUGAAAUGGCCAAUUGUUUUCCUUCUGGUUUCUCAUCCAUCCUGCUUCCUAAUUCAUUCAUCUGUGCUCUUUACGUCCAACUUUUCAAGUCCUUUGUAGAAAAAAUAAAAAGUGCCUCAAAAUCAAAAGGUACAUUUCUAUUUUUAGGAGGAAGGAUCAUUUCUCCUGUCAUAAACUGUAGCAAAGCCGGUUCCGGUUCGGACCAAGUAGAUCUUCCGCUCAGACAUUAUUUGUUUUUUUUGUGCGACUGGAUGAUGCUAAUCCUCCAUUAGUGCAGAGCAGCAACACCUGCACAACGUGAUUCCCUAAAGCCCUUAGGGUGCAGAUUAAAAUGCAAUCUUUUAGUUGCACUUGUGUGCAAUCAUGUAGAUUGUUAACAGAUACUGUAUUUGUACGGAUCUUUGCAGAGCCAUUAUGUUUAAUAAAGCUACAGUCUAUCUUUGUAAGGAAACCCUCUCUGCACAGGCAGAGCUGUUUGCAUGUGAGAAUCCAUACGUUCAAUAAAGUUUUAAUGAAGCAUC